GGGGUGCGCGGCGCCGGGAGCCGCACGCAGCGGGGGCAGGAAACAAUAGACGGAGCCGCGGCCGGAGGGGUCGGAGCAGGGAGCGCCGGAACCGCCCGCCCGCCGAGCCCAGCCCGCCCCGCCGAGCGCCCCGCGGCCCCGCCAUGGCGGACAAGGAAGCAGCCUUUGAUGACGCCGUGGAGGAGCGUGUGAUCAACGAGGAGUACAAGAUAUGGAAGAAGAACACUCCUUUCCUGUAUGACCUGGUGAUGACCCAUGCCCUGGAGUGGCCCAGCCUGACUGCUCAGUGGCUUCCUGAUGUCACAAGACCUGAAGGCAAAGAUUUCAGCAUCCACAGGUUGGUGCUGGGCACCCACACCUCAGAUGAGCAGAACCACCUGGUGAUUGCCAGUGUGCAGCUGCCCAACGACGAUGCCCAGUUUGAUGCUUCCCACUAUGACAGUGAGAAAGGAGAGUUUGGAGGCUUUGGCUCAGUGAGUGGAAAAAUUGAGAUUGAAAUCAAGAUCAACCACGAGGGAGAGGUGAACAGAGCCCGUUACAUGCCCCAGAACCCCUGCAUCAUUGCCACCAAGACUCCCUCCAGUGAUGUGCUGGUCUUUGAUUACACCAAACACCCCUCCAAGCCAGAUCCAUCUGGGGAGUGCAACCCCGACCUGCGGCUGCGCGGGCACCAGAAGGAGGGGUACGGGCUCUCCUGGAACCCCAACCUGAGCGGGCACCUGCUCAGUGCCUCCGAUGACCACACCAUUUGCCUGUGGGACAUCAGUGCUGUUCCCAAGGAAGGCAAGGUGGUGGAUGCCAAGACCAUUUUCACGGGACACACGGCCGUGGUGGAAGAUGUGUCCUGGCACCUCCUGCACGAAUCCCUCUUUGGAUCUGUUGCUGAUGACCAGAAACUCAUGAUCUGGGACACCAGGUCCAACAACACAUCCAAGCCCAGCCAUUCCGUGGAUGCUCACACAGCUGAGGUGAAUUGCCUCUCCUUCAACCCCUACAGUGAGUUUAUCCUGGCCACAGGAUCAGCUGAUAAGACUGUUGCUCUGUGGGACUUGAGGAACCUUAAACUGAAGCUGCACUCCUUUGAAUCACAUAAAGAUGAAAUAUUUCAGGUUCAGUGGUCUCCCCAUAAUGAAACCAUCCUGGCCUCCAGUGGCACAGACCGCAGGCUAAACGUGUGGGACUUGAGUAAAAUUGGAGAGGAGCAAUCCCCUGAGGAUGCUGAGGAUGGGCCCCCAGAGCUCUUGUUUAUCCAUGGUGGUCACACUGCAAAGAUCUCGGAUUUCUCCUGGAAUCCCAACGAGCCCUGGGUCAUUUGUUCUGUAUCAGAAGAUAAUAUCAUGCAAGUCUGGCAAAUGGCAGAGAACAUCUACAACGAUGAAGAUCCCGAAGGAAGCGUGGAUCCAGAAGGUCAAGGAUCCUAAAUGGAAACUUCCCCCUGGUUUUUUCUUUCUCCUUUUCUUCCCUCUCAGCCCUCAGAUUGACUUAACACUGGUUUUGAGACACACACACGUUGAUUUUUGUGUUCAGCCAUCCUCCUGUAGAUCCCACCACCCAAAAAAAGGGAAAAUAAAAAUGCUCAGCCCCCUCAGGCAGGCAGGUCAGUGCUGUAGCUCCAGAAUUCCUACAGCUGCCUCCUUUAUUGGUCUGGCUGUCCCUUUUUUCCUGCCUUCAUGCUUGGGAUUAGUUUUUUUUUUUCCUCUCUUUUGCUUGCUGCCUAAUUUAAACAAAAGUUAAAUUGGCAGAGCUGCCCAAAUGGGCUUGAGCCAGCAGAGAUGAUCCAAGUGUUAAUCCCCUGACAAGCUCAGAAAUGGUGUGGAAGGUCUUGUCCUCCUCAGAAACCUUGGAAUUCCUUUAGUUAUCUGUUCUUUGUGGCUUUUUCUGCCUUUGCAGAUACAAGUUCUGACUUGAACUGAAAUUUUUCCUUUUUUUUUUUUUUUUGGCAAUUCUGGAUUUUUCAUUCCUUCCUUCCUUUCCCUUUCCUCCCUCCUGCUGGCUGCCAGCAAUUUUGGUUUUAGCUAUUCCUGCAGAGCCCCUUUCACCUGCCAUGGUUUUUUUUUGCUCUGUUGUUGCAUUUCUCGAGCUGUGUUUUUCACAUCACCUUCCUUUCCUUGCUGUGAAAUGAUUUUCUGAAAUUUUGGGAAGCCCUGCAGUUGUAAAAGGUGUUUGUCUGUGCCCUCAGCAGCCUUGGCAGCUGGUGGAAAACAAAUGAAAUGUGGAGAAAAUCAACUUUUUUUAGGAGUUUAGUCCUUGCCCACAGGGUCCUGCUCGUCUUCCACACCAGCAGCCUGUUCUCCAUCUCCUCGUGACUCAUUGAGUGUUCUGCAGUUGGAAUAAAGUUUUUCUACAUAAAUGCUGCCAA